UGCGUAUAAAACUGCAGCCGGAAACAAGCGGUAGUUUCCAAACCCAGAGAAGGGAAGCAGGAAGAGGUUUGGAAGGUGGGACUGUAAUCAACUUUCCUUCUAAGGAGAAGCUGGGAAACUUCUCACUUCGCUUCAUGAAAAUUAAGCUGCAUCUUUUGCCCACCGCCUAUUAAUUGAGUGAAAUGGGCCUCUUGCCCACGAUUUGACUUCAGCUGUGUGUCUCUAGCACAGCCAGUUCUUCUUUCAUCUGCAAGCGGACUGGCUCUGGCCAGAAGCCCAUCUCCUGCAAUAAAGGAAUCUGGUUGCUGGGUCGCUAACCCGUUGAUCUCUUUCUCUUCAUGGUGAUGGCGCUUAUCAUCUUUAUCCUCAGGCUGGCCAUCGGCAUCCUGCUAUUUCCCAUGUACCUGCUGAACUUUCUGGGCUUGUGGAACCAGAUAUGCAAAAUGUGGUUCCCCUACUUCCUGCGGAGGUUCACCGUGAUGUACAACGAACAGAUGGCGAGCAAGAAGCGCGAGCUCUUCAGCAACCUGCCGGAGUUUGUGGGUCCCUCCGGGAAGCUCUCUCUGCUGGAAGUGGGCUGCGGCACCGGGGCCAACUUCAAGUUCUACCCGGCUGGAUGCAGGGUGACUUGUAUCGACCCCAACCCCAACUUUGAGAAGUUCUUGAUCAAGAGCGUCGCAGAGAACCGACACCUGCAGUUCGAGCGCUUCGUGGUGGCUACGGGAGAGAACAUGCAGCAGGUGGCCGAUGGCUCCGUGGAUGUGGUGGUCUGCACCCUAGUCCUGUGCUCCGUGCAGAGCCAGGAGCGGAUCCUCCAGGAGGUGUGCCGAGUGCUGAGGCCGGGAGGGGCUUUCUAUUUCCUGGAACAUGUAGCAGCUGAGAGCUCAACUUGGAAUUACUUCUGGCAACAAGUCCUGGAUCCUUCCUGGUACUUGCUGUUUGAUGGGUGCAACCUGACCAGAGAGAGCUGGAAGGCCCUGGAACGGGCGCGCUUCUCUAAACUUGAGCUGCAGCACCUACAGGCGCCGCUUUCCCUGGAGCUGGUGCGCCCUCACAUCUAUGGAUAUGCCGUGAAAUAGGGGGGGCAGGGCACAGACAGCUGCAUGGUUCAAAUGGCUUAAGGCUGCAGUUUUACACUUACAGUACUAAUUGGGAGAAAGGAAACCUUUUUUUUUUUUUUUUUUUAAAGUUAAGUUGAAUUUCACCCC